UAAUGGAAUAAGCACAAUUUUCUCUGAAGGAAGUUUGCAGAUAAAGGAUGAAAAACUUAUUUAGACAAUUAAGAAUUGAUAAUCAACCUAAUUUAUCAACAUCCAUUCUUGUUGUAGAUCAGAAAACUUUGAAAAUAGUUUCUGCUUACAUGAAGAUGUCUGAGUAUAAAUGAAAUUAAAUAUAAGAUUAUUGGAAUAAGGAAUAAAUGCAGUAGAAAAUCUAAAUUUGAAAAGAAAACCUUUUAAUUUGGAAGCAAUUUACUUUAUUACUCCAACUUAAGAGUCCGUUGCUUUAUUGAUAGAGGAUUUUGCAAAUGCUCAGUUUCCACAAUACAAAUGUGCACAUGUGAUUUUCAAUAAUAAAAUGCCAUAAGGAAUAGCCCAAAGGAUGCAAUCUGAAUAGAAUUUAGUCAAAAAAUUAUCGACUUGCAAAGUAUUCAAUUUAGACUUUAAUUGUACUAAUGAGUAAUUAUUCUCAUUUGACAUGAUUUUCGGUUUAGAAGUGUAUAAAGGAAGUAUGUAUUUACCUAAAGUAAGGAAAUGUUAUCCUGUAAGAGAUGGCUGAAAAAAUCUGUACAGUUUUGGUUUCAUUUGAGAAAUUUUAUACAUUCGAAUUGAUUUUUAGAUAAGACAAUUGGAAAAUCUGUUAAUAAUUAGCUUAAUUUACAUAAGGGAGAUUAAGAGAAAUAUUAGAAGCUCUAAAGAGAUCGAACAGUUCACAAUAUGAUCACAAAGAUAAAACAUGUGGAAAGGUAAGAUUGGUGAUAGUAGACAGGGCAAUAGAUGUAUUGUCACCAUUAUUGCAUGAUUUCUAUUAUUAACCAAUGUUUUAUGAUUUAUUGGAAAUAGAGAAUGACAUUUAUUAAUAUGAUAUGUAAUACGAUGAGAAGAAAGUGUCUAAGAAGUAAAUCAUUAAUGAUCAAGAUGAGUUAUUCAAGAAAUAUAAGUUUAAACAUAUUGCUGAUGUAUUGGAAGAAGUGAGCAGUGAUUUCUAAACAUUUAUGUAAACCAAUACAGCUGCCAAGGUUGCCAAGGAUAAAGAUUAAAACUUGACAUUAAAGUAAAUGACUGAAAUUGUUAAAACCAUGCCUUAAUACUAAGAAUUAGUGGCAAAAUACACCAUGCAUAUGGAAAUUGUUGAAAAAUGUUUAGAUUUAUAUCGACAGAAGGAUCUACAAGAGGUUGGAGAGUUAGAGUAGACCUUAGCUACAGGAUGUGAUAAGAAAGGAUCCUCAGUAGCAGGGGAGAAGAUCAUUUAAAGAGUAAUAUUAUUAAAUUAUCAUUACUAGAUUAUUCAAGUACUAAGAAAUCCAAAAUUAAAUGAAUUUGAUUAUGCACGUCUUAUCUUAUCAGCCAUAAUCCAAAUUGACGUGAGUGAGAAGGACAGGAGAUAAUUGACAGACCUUUUAUCGGUUGAAAUGUAAAGUGCUAUACAUAAUCUAAAAUUAAUGGGAAUCCAAACCUAAAAUAGUGGAAGCAAAGUAAUUGACACUAUUAUUAAAUUAGUCUCACAAAAGAGUUAAUGAGUAGGUCAGAAAGUAUGCUAAAAAUAAAAUGGCCAAUGAAACAUUAGAACUAUGCAGAAAUACUCCUAUCAUCGAAUAAUAAAUAGAAGAGUUAAUACUCAAGGACUUUUAGACUUCAGGAAACUUUGAAAAAAUAGUACUAAAUGAAUAAACCAAUGUUCAAGGCCAAGGUAAAUCUCUUAGAUAAAAGGGAUAAAUCAAAUUGAUGUAGGAUGAUGUGGGCUUUGAUGAAUAAGAUAAAUUGGUAAGAAUUUCAUUAUUUAUUCCCAGCUUAUUUUUGUGGUUGGAGGUAUUGGGUAUAAUGAGGCCAGGAGUCUUAUGAACAACAAAGUCAUUAACAAAAACCUAGUUAUUGGAAGCACAUUCUUAUUGAGACCUAAUGAUUAUGUCAAAGAACUUGUGAAAUUAUAGAAAUUAUGAUAUAUUUAU